AUGACAAGAAAGCCCACAAGAUGCUACGAUGCUCUCAUUCACCUUUGCAUGACCCUACGAGCUACCACCUCCCGGCGCGUUGCAGAGGCUACCAAGAAGGACAAGUACAACAUGCGUGGUGGGUGGCCGCACGUUCAAGAACAAGAACAACAAUUCGUCUCGCGAUCUCGAUGUGGGAGAUAUUCAACCAUUCCUCGAAUUGAGACUUUUCAAGACUCACCGACCUGA